AUGCCGCCAAAUUUAAAUAUUGUUGACAAAUUUCUUGGGGAAUACAAUGACGACAACGACAACAAUAAUAAUGUUUUAAUACCAUCUCAGUAUCAAUAUCAACAAUUGUUAAAUAAUGCUUAUCUAGUACUACAACAACAAACAUCUCCUGCCUCUAUCACCACAACUGCAUCCGCAAUGAAUUAUUUUCCCAAUGUGAUGGUUGCAGAAACACCAUCACGUCCCUUAAUUCAGAAUAAUUACUUGUUAACACCAGAGUGCAUUUUAUCUCCCUCCAUAGCUCAGAAAAUUCCUAUAACAACACCAUUAAUAUCUCCUACCACAAUUGUCUCGCCCGCAACUACCGCAACUAUGUCUACUGCAACAUCAUCAGAUUUAUCAGAAACAAGCUCAAUUUCUACUUCUGCAACGACAACAACGAUAACUCCACCAAGUCCGUAUCAAUAUCCAAAUCAUAAUUGUGAUGAUCCAAGCUAUUUACCGAAAGUAACUAACCCAACUGACGAUGAAAAACGUCGACGUAACACAUUAGCAUCGGCAAAAUUUCGUAAUAAAAGGAGAAUGAAGGAACAAGAAUUAGAACGUAUAGCUAGGGAGAUGACAGAGAAAGCUGAAUUUCUUGAGUGUAGAGUUAAAGAACUUGAGAGCGAAGUUAAGCUAUUGAGAGGUUUAAUUAUUGAUAUUGAUUCUAGUCGAUUAAAUGGUUCAAGUCAUAAUAAUCGUCCAAUUAACAUUGGCACUUGGAAUUUGAAAGUUUUAACAACAAGAUUUCUUGGUUCUGAUUAUCUUCAAAUACUUGCAAUUGUCAUAUUAUAA